AUGUCUUCUAUCUAUACUACUAGCACCAACGGUGGCUACACUAGUACAUCAACCUCCACAACAUCCAGAACCUCAACCACCCACACAACAACCUCCACAAAACCCCCACAACCACACACCCAAACCUUCCCUCUCGCCCACCCCCCACCGCCCAAACACACUCUCCGUCUCACCCCCCACUUCACACUCCAAAUCCAACAACUCACGCCCGCCUCCCGCCGCCCGAUCCCCAUCCUCGAGGUCUACCAACCCACCCGCUUCGGCAAGACUCUCGGCGAUGCGCCCCGCAAGCUGACCGCGCGGGAUAUGUACAUCGUGCAGAGCGAUGGGUAUGCACAUCUACCGGAGGAAGAUCAGAGCCAGGGUGCCGUUGUGGGGGUGAUUUAUAUGCCGGCGAAGGAGGAGAAUAGGAAGAUGGCGUUUCCGGGCGGUGGGGUGUGGUUUCCAGUUGGGGAGGGGUGGGAGGUUAGUGUGACGGCCAGGGGAGGGUAUCGGUUUGUAUUUAAGGGGAGGGCGGAUGGGGUGAGUCGAGUGGUGGAGUGGGAGAAGAGGGUGGCGAAGGGGAGGUCGUCGUCGUCGGCGUCGGAGGGGAGUGAGAUGAAAAGGGAUGGGCUCAAGGUUGGGGGGUGGGAUCGGGCACAGAGAGAGUAUCUGGCUUCGUCGUUACGAAGUGGGAAUGAAGUGGAGGAAGAUGCGGCGCUGUUUACCUCCAUCUUGACGAUGGGGGUCUACGUGGCGGCGCAAGAGGGUUGGUUGAGUUAA